AUGAUAGCUAAAUUAUUUAUUAGAAGCUCUUAGAGAUUGAUUGCUUUGAACGCAAGAUUUUUUUCAACAAAUCCUGCUAACUAAUUUAAUAAUUAGGAAACCUCUUCUACCUAUUAAAAUCAAAGAAAUAAUAGAAGAGAACCUUCUGAAUUCAGAAGAAACAACUAAGAAAGAUAUUAAAAAAGAGAAGGAGAAGAAUAGUAUAGACCUAGAAAGGAAAGUAUUACAUGGGAUGAAUAUUUUAAUUUAUAUGCUACCAAUAAAAUCCACAAUAUUAGUGAAGCUAAGUUCCCUUACAACUUCAGGGGUAUGCAAGACUUUGUUCCAAUCAAAAAAGAAUUCGAUAAUAUGAUCUUCGCUAAAGGUGAAAAUUACGCUGAUUUUUGCAAACAAUUCGAUAGAAGAAUGGUUUGGUUCAUGAAAUCCCUUGCAACUAAUAAAGAUGAUGAUUUACCUUACUCUGAAUUGAAUUUCUUACUUCAAGCCAAAAAGGGUGCUGAAUUACUUAGAAGAAACGGAUAUUAGAUUAAUUUAAUUGAAGAUAAUGAAGGUUUCUAAAAGUUUGGAGGUAAAAAAGGAGGUCAACCUUUUGAAAUAACUCAUAUUAUGGGUUUAAACAGCAACAGAACCAGAAAUGCUGGUACUGAUGCUUAUUCUAUUAUCAGAGAUUUAGAAGAAAAAGGUUUAAUUAUGUUUAUUGGUAAUCAAUUAAAAAUGGAUGAAAAUGGAAAUUAUGAUUUCAAGUUAACCCGUGAUGAUGAUAAAUAAAUGAUUUUAAGAGUUCAUUACAAAUUCGCUACUCCUUAUAUUCUUUAGGUUACUGACAGUUCAGGAAAAGUUGUUUCACCUCCUCCUGAGUCUUAUAUUCACACUGCUGUCUUUGAAAAUUAAUUGAGACUUCCUCCUAAAUUCUCUCGUCUUGAUCUUCAUUUCCUUGACUGGAUCAAGCUUUAUAGAAUAUAGAACGAAUGGAAAUUAGUAGAUUUCGAUAGAUUCUUGAGUGGUAACAAACUUAUAUACUCUGAAAAGGAAUAGAGACAAUUAUUUAAAGGAGAAAAAGAUAACUGA